AUUAUCUAUAUUUAAAGCGGUCAGUACUAGACAGAUGGCAACAUUCUGAGGUAGCAAUAGACGGUUGCCUUUUUUACAAAAUUGUUAUCAAUGUUCAAAAAGUUCAAAUUGAUAAAGUAGAGAUAACUGCGUUAAUAAAUUGAUUGGUGGUGUAGAAACUGGAAACUAAAGUCGUGUAUGUUACAGGGGUUUUCUGUAUCUUUGAACAUUCUUUAAAAUAACUUCAUUUAUCUACAGGAAUAUGAAUUUAGAACCACUAAAGUUUGAUACAAUGGAAGUUAAUACAUCAUUAGCUAAAAAGUUUUUUGAAGAUCAUCCUAAUUUAGUGGAACAACCCAAAACAGACUUAGAGAAAGAUACCUAUUUAAGAGGAGCUAUAGAAAAUUUACCAGAAAAAUUCAAAAAAUUGGCUAAUUUAAUUGAAAAAAAUUCAGAUCUGUUUUGCCAAUUAGAAUAUUAUACUAGAAAAUUUCCAGUGAAAACAACCAAGAAUAAUGAUUUAAAGCUGUUGGUGCAUUAUUUAAAUUACCAUAGUCUGUGUAAUGAGCCAGUUAUUGUUGGAAAUAUAAUAAAGAUUCCAAGUAUAAUAAUUUCUGACACAACUCCAUUAGUGAAUUUGGGAUUGAUAGCCGAUAUUUUUCUUGCGGAAUUUAAAGAGGCAAUACUCAUAUCGACAACAAAAAGUGUUGCCAUUUGUACACUUUUUAAGGAACUUUGUGAAGAAGCUGGAUUAUCGGUCUUAAUAAAAAUAAGCAACACGCAUUCUAGUAGCUUAUCCCAUUUUGAAAAAGAUUGGGGAAGUUGUGUGGGAAUCAUUACCAGACGAUCAGAUAUCGAGUCCGCUGUAGAUGUGUUCUUAAAUGCUCCUAUAAUGAAUAUCUGGGCUGUAAAAAUGAUAUAUGUUGAAGAGAGUGCAAUCGAACGCUUCAAACAGUUGAUUGGUUCGAAAGCUAUCCGAAAAACCGAAAAAAUAUCUCAGUUUUGUACUGAUACAUACCACUACAACAAUAAAGUAUACUUAUUUGAAUUUAUCAAAGACACAGCCGCGCAACUGUCAACUUCACAAAUGUAUAUUCCCAUACUGACAUACAGAACUGUCAAAGAUUUAUUAAGUUUGAUAGAUACCUCGCUCUGUGUUUCCCUGUGGUCCAGCGACGUUGCCGAAAGCAACGAAAUCGCCAAUUCUCUUAAAAGCAGCAUUGUAUGGAUAAAUGAUUAUGGAAAUUUUAACGGCUCUCCGCGCAUUGCACAGCCCUACUUCUCCCACUUAAACCUUAUUAAUAAUAAAAUCAAAACGAAAAUUACACCUCAAAUUGAACAUCUCAUAAAGCUACGCAGUGAAUGGUUGAAAAAAGACAUUUAUGUUAGGCGAGAACUCGUCCUCGGUUGUUUAAAAGGGAAAAAUUGUACAUUUAAUUUCGACAUGGACUUUGUUGACGUUGGCAAGGACUUUAUGUGUGUCGGUAAAGUCAUGCCGGUCGAUAUGGUUUAUCUUGAAGAUAUUUCGUUGCAUGACGUUCUAAGGGCUAUUACUAGAGGUAGUGGUGUAUUGUAUUACUCGAAGGGAGAUAUAGAUGAGUAUUAUUCUUAUUUGACCAAAAUAAAUGCUCCUAUUGUGUUUUUGGAAAACGAAUUAUCACCGUCAUGUGACGGCGAUGUAUCCGUUUAUAAAAUACCUUCGGGCAGGACUAAAACAAUUUGGACAAGUUUUGGUACAAUUUUUGCAAAUUAGCAUAAGACAUACAAAUAUUUUAUUAGUUAUAAGAUAAUCUAUCCAAGUAUAUUAACAAAUAUUUACUAAAAUAUGGUAAAAAAUCGUAACGAAUAUUUUUUAUUGUAGAGUAGAUAAUGAACAACUCAUUAUUAUGUAGUAGAUAAGGAUAAGGUGUUUGUUUUUCUCGCCUUAAGUAUGUGUAUAAAAUCGAUCAUAAAAUAUUUGUUAUUUUUAUAUAAUAAAUUUUAUUUCAUUGUU